AUAUUCAGUGGCAGACGGACAACCCACGAGGCUAUAUAAAAUAAUGAAGAAAAAUACAUUUAGUUACUCUUUUUCUUUCUGUGAGAGUGCACGCGCAGAUCUCCGAUGCCUCUGAUCAAAUUUCAACAUAGAUCCGACGUUAUGAUUUCGAUCAGAUGCGUCGGCUGUGUCGGCUGAUGAGUCAACGUGAUUUCAACGUUGAAUAGAUGCUUUAUUUUCCACUAAAUAACGUUCUGAUUUUCCGACCAAAUAGUGAACGUUGAUCCAACAUCGAAAUUUGAUCGACGACCGAUACUGACCUUUACAACCAAAAAUCGACGUUGAAUCAACGUCUGCUUGCUAUCUGGGUGUGUACCAGAGAUGUUCAAGUCUUUAAGAAAUUAAUGUUCAGUAAAGCUACUCCCGAAACAGUCACACAUUCAGCAGUUCACCAAUAAAUACUGGAAGAUCUCCAUCAGUUUACAAGUGAAGACAAGCAUCCAAUCAUCAGGAAGAGAUGAAAUCUGUAAAGACUGAGUUUAUUAAAGAGGAAAGAGAGAAGAUGAGAGAUCCAGAACCCUGCAGAAUCAAACACACUGAAGAUACUCAAGAACUAACAGAGUUGAUUGAAGACAAUGUGGUGAAGGAAGAAUUGAGUGAAUCUGAGGGAAAAAAUCAUGUCAGAAGUGUAGAAAACCCCAAACAGGAAGAUUUAAAGAAAAAAAGAAAAAGUAAAUCUGUCACCUGCACUCAUUGUGGAAAGAGUUUUACAUACAAACAUUAUCUUGAGCGUCACAUGAGAGUUCACACUGGAGAGAAACCAUACACAUGUGAUCAGUGUGGGAGGAGUUUCUCACAAUCAACACACCUCAAAGAUCAUAUGAACAUCCACACUAGAGAGAAACUGUACUCAUGUGAACAGUGUGGCAAAACAUUCCUGUGGGCUUCAAACCGGAAGAAUCAUGUCAGAGUUCAUACAAAAGAGAAGCCACAUUCAUGUAAUUUUUGUGGAAAGAGUUUUUCAUUUCUACAAAGUUUGAAAAUACAUCAGAAAGUACAUACUGGUUUGAGAGAGCACAUGUGUUUUGAGUGUGAGAAGAUGUUUAUUUCAGCAAGCCAUUUAAAACAGCAUGAGAGGAUUCACACUGGAGAGAAACCUUACAAGUGUUCACACUGUGACAAGAGAUUCAGACUGUCAGGACAUCUGAAAAAACACGAGAGGAUUCACACUGGAGUGAAACCUUACAAGUGUUCACACUGUGAAAAGAGAUUCAGUGUGUCAUCACAUCUAAAAAGACAUGAGAGGAUUCACACUGGAGUGAAACCUUACAAGUGUUCACACUGUGACAAAAGAUUCAGUAUGACAUCACAUCUAAAAACACAUGAGAGGAUCCACACUGGAGAGAAACAGUAUCACUGCACUGAAUGUGGGAAAUGUUUCAAUCAUUCAUCUAAUCUACGCAGACAUACAAAAAACAAUCACACUAACUCUUUCAGAUCUGAUCCUGUGUCCCCACCAAAUGUGACAUAAUAAUGGAUCAAGCAAUAAAAUAGAAUUUGGAUAAA